UCCAGAGGCUCGCCGGCCAGUUCUGGAGUUGCAAUAUCCCGACGAAGCUUUAGCGUUUCGGCCCUCUUUGCACCUGUGAGAGCCCACAGGGAGGGUACUUUACCACUUCAUAGAGUGCAACCAUGGCAGAGAAGAAAGCUGAGCAGUAUUACACACCGCCACCCAAACUGGGAAAAUGGGAAGGAUUCAGGAUUUUCAUCUGGAAUUCUGAAACACAUCAAUUCCUGGGCCGUACCGGAGCCAGCUGGGGAAAAAUUAUUUUAUUCUAUAUUCUCUUCUACUCUGGUCUGAUUGGUUUCUUCUUGGCCAUGAUAGCCGUCUUCUACCAAACAAUAGAUUUACGAAUACCCAAGUGGCAACAAGAUAAAUCUGUCAUUGGAAACAACCCAGGUCUGGGAUUCCGUCCAAUGCCUCCUGAAAGCAAUGUUGAAAGUACCUUGAUCUGGUACAGGGGAAAUGACGAACGUAACUACAAGUACUGGACAGAUGAAUUAGAUAAAUUCUUGCAAGUAUACAAGAAUCCUGGUACUGUCCCUGGAGAUGGGAAAAAUACAGUACACUGUGACUUUGAAAACUAUCCUGGAGACAAAGUGUGUUAUGUGGAUCCCAAGGAGUGGAGUUACUGUUCAUCAGAAAACCAUUACAGCUAUCACAGGUCUGCCCCAUGUAUAUUCCUCAAAUUAAAUAAGAUCUACGGCUGGGUUCCUGAGUAUUAUAAUGACACAAAUUCUCUUCCUGAGAACAUGCCAAAAGAUCUGAAGGACCACAUUCAGACCGUAGAGAAUCCUCAUGCAUUAAACACUGUCUGGGUUAGCUGUGAAGGAGAAAAUCCGGCUGAUGUGGAGAACAUAGGGCCUAUCCAGUACAUUCCUCGACGAGGAUUUCCAGGCUUCUUCUUCCCAUUUAAAAACAAGGAAGGAUAUCUCAGCCCUUUGGUUGCAGUCUGGUUUGAAAGACCCACCACUGGUGUGUUGAUAAACAUUGAAUGUAAGGCAUGGGCGCACAACAUCCGCCAUGAUCGUGCUGAGAGGCGAGGGUCAGUACAUUUUGAAUUGAUGAUUGACUAACGAGUUUCACGAAUGGUCAAGACUAUGAAGAGAGAAACUGCCAGAGUCUGUAUUGUUCAGCUGAGGAAGAUAGUAGCCAGCAAGCAGGGAUGGACUGAGAUCCAAGCACGAUGCUCUAGAACUUCAAUAAAAUUCAUUAGUACUUAUCAUAAUACAGUAACACUCUAGAUCUGAUUAGGAGAUAAAUUUGCUUAAAGUUGAUAAUAAAUUUACAGACUCUUCAUGUUAAUGCUCGAAAAGGUAUCCUGAAUUGUCAUUUACACUUUGGUUCUACAUGUUAUAUGAGUCACAUUUUCCCCUGCUUUUAGACACAAAUGUUCUUCAAGCAAUACCAGAUCUUAUGCUUUGGUACAUGUACUUCACUGUAUUUAAUUUUAUACAGUGAUUUGUAAAUACUAUUUCAACUCACAUUAACUUUAUAUUUAUUGCGUAAUGAGCAAAUUUUCACAAGUAUGUUAAUUGUAAUACAGCAAUGGUGUACACAGUAUUGGGUUUGUGCUGCCUAAGAAAACACACUGACUUUAAUAACAAUUAAACUGUGUUACAUGUGAACCAUAAAUACAUUAAAACCGUUGUUGAUGUGGUUUCAGCAGUGACAUUUAGCUGAACUGAUCUAAUUCAAUUUAGUCAACAGACUUAAUGUAGGAAUAAGUUGAAAGAUAUAGAAGAAAUGGGGUUGGUCAUAAUCCUACAGAUACAACCCUGCUGUAGGGUCUUUCAGUGAUACAGGUGCAAAGAUGUUAAGAAUUUAAAAACAAAACACCCUUAGUGUAGCAAAACAAAUACAUGUCACAUAGCAACAGUAUGAUAGGGUUUGCUUAUUUGGUCACACCUUAAAAUAGUUAUGCAGUGCAUCCAUUAUUCCAUCCUUUACUGCAUUGUCAUUAUGCUCAUCAUUCACAUCAUAAAUCAUUAGUCAUGGCCUAUAAUAUUUAACAGUACUUAUUCACAGUAUUAUGACAAUGGAUCACAAGAUUGAAUUUGGGGUCCAGCAGGGUUUGGACUUGAGUUUUACUUAAUUGUUAUGUAGACAAAAGAGACAUGCACAAGCCAGUUACAGUCAUUUUACAUGUAAACUCAAUGUUAAUAUGUUCGCCAUCGUGACAAAAGUAUAUAUUGUGUGAUAGGACAAUUUAAUGAUAGAGUAUAUAGUACAAGGAAAUAAAAUGUUUCAUGUAAUUAAAGAAAAAUUCUUAAAUUGUUUCUUUCACCUAAAUUUUAAACAUUCACAGAUUUUAAUUCUGGUUUUCCAUGUCAUUAAGAGCAUACUUUCUUUUGAAAGGAUCAAUAAAUGUUCUUUAGAAGAAUAA